GUGCGGAGUGGCAACUACACGCGGGUGUAAAUAACGCCGGCAGGAGCGGGGAGGCGGUUACUUGCGAGCUUGACUCUGCGAGCGACGGCAUGAAGGUACAAGUCCUGCUGCUCCUGCUGGGAGCUGCUGUGGCGGCAGCAACCAGCCCGCCUUUCGUGGAACUCCCUGAUGGCCUUGACGCCGCUGAGUGUGAAGGGCAGCCACUGGUUGACCGCUGGAGGAAGGACUGCAACUGGUGCUCCUGCAAUGAUGGGAAGGCAAGGUGUUCCCGACGGCUGUGUGCUGAAGGUGUGCAGGAUCCAGAACCGCAGUGUGAGGGCAGCCCCACCUGGAAGAACGACUGCAACACGUGUCGCUGUGCAGGCGGCCGAGCUGUGUGCACCGCCAAGCAGUGUGGUCAGGUUGAUCCGCAGCAGCAGGUGGUGGAAGUGCAAGUGGAGAAUGCUGAGUGCGAGGACGGCUCCCGGUGGCGUGUGGAGUGCAACUGGUGUGUCUGUCAGGGUGGGAAGAGCCUCUGCACUGAGAUAAACUGUGAUGACUGGAAUGAGGCCCAGGCACAGGAAGAGGGCAUCCUGGAGUGUCAUGGAACAUCUCGCUGGAAGAAAGACUGCAACUGGUGUGGGUGUGCCAAUGGCCGAGGGUUCUGUACCAAGCGAGGCUGCGUGCAGACUGGUCCUUUCGCCAACUUGGCAGAGGAUGCAGUGUGUGUCCCCGGGUCCCGCUGGCUGGUGGAUUGUAACUGGUGUGGGUGUUCAGAUGAUGGCAGGAGCUCCUUCUGUACUCUGAUGGCUUGCAUCCCUGGUUACGUUCACGAGGGACGCACCUGUGAUGAAGGAUCUCUCUGGAAGACUGAUGACUGCAACAUUUGCCGCUGCAUUAAUGGUGUGAGUGCCUGCACCAAGCGCCUCUGUGCCACUCCCCAUCAGGAACCACGAAAGCCACAGGUGUCAGAUGAGCCAGAGUGCCAGGGCGACCCAAGCACUGACCGCUGGAGGCAGGACUGUAACUGGUGCUCUUGUCGUAAUGGUGUUGGGGCGUGCUCCAGGCGCCUGUGUGCUGAGGGUGUGAAGGACGACCAGCCUGAGUGUGAGGGGAACCCGUCAUGGAUGAAGGACUGCAACCGCUGCACCUGUGCGGAUGGCAGAGCUGUGUGCACCACCAAGUUCUGUGGCAUUCCCCGCCAGCAGCCACGAAGGCCACAGGUGUCAGAUGAGCCAGAGUGCCAGGGUGACCCAAGCACUGACCGCUGGAGGCAGGACUGCAACUGGUGCUCUUGUCGUAAUGGUGUUGGGGCGUGCUCCAGGCGAAUGUGUGCUGAGGGUGAAGAGGAUGACCAGCCUGAGUGUGAGGGGAACCCAUCGUGGAUGAAGGACUGCAACCGCUGUACCUGUGUGGAUGGCAGAGCUGUGUGCACCACCAAGUUUUGUGGGCCACUUCUAGCUCGGCCUGCCAUAGCCACUGUACACAGGACACCUGUGGGACCACUAGGACCAGCAUUGGAGCCAGUGUGCCAAGGCAACCCUGACACUGCCUUCUGGUUCAAGGACUGUAACAGGUGCAGGUGUGUCAAUGGUGUGGCAGCGUGCUCCAGAAGGCUGUGCCGGCCAGGUGAAGUAAAUAGCCCAAGGUGUGGAGGAAACGCAUCAUGGAAGAAAGAUUGUAAUCACUGUCACUGUAGCAAUGGCACAGCUGUCUGCACUACUAAGUUCUGUGGAGUCCGCCGUGGUCCAGCACAGAGCCGGGGUGGGCAGGCGCCUGUCAUGCAGAUCAGCAAGCCGGUGUGUGAAGACGGCUCCCGCUGGCGUGUUGACUGCAACUGGUGCACCUGUCACAAUGGCAUGGCUCUCUGCUCCAAGAGGGCCUGCAUUGACGAGAAUGAUGUGAGUGGCCCGGAGUGUGAGGGGGAUGCCACCUGGAAGCGAGACUGUAACUGGUGUACCUGUGGGGAUGGAAUGGCUCUCUGCACCAGGAUGGCAUGCCUCAAAGAAGUGAAGAAGCCUUGUGUGGAGGGAACAUCAUGGCGGAAUGGCUGCAACAUCUGCCGCUGCUCCCACGGUUUCGUCCUGUGCACCAAGAAAGGGUGUCCUCAAACUGGCAGGCAGAUACCAUGCCAAGGAGAAUCCUGUGGCCCCAGCCAGCUGCCAGAGCUGUGUAACCUGCCUGCCGUGCAGGGACUUCUCACAUGCACAGCCUUCAUUCCUAAGUGGACUUAUUCCAAGACUGAAGGAGCGUGCAUUCGGAUCGUGUAUGGUGGAUGUAGGGGCACUGCGAAUCUGUUUGAUACUGAAGACCAGUGUAAGGCUGCAUGCCCCUCCACUACCACCAUCACCAUACCUCAGACCAGACGCACCUAUGCUCUCGCCAAAAGUAAUGCAGGUGGGCGAUGCCAGCUUCCUAUAACAAGUGGUCCCUGCUUUGGUUCCUUCCACCACUAUGCCUACAACAGCACCAGUGGCCUCUGUCAGAAAUUUCUGUUCGGAGGCUGUGGGGGCAACAGCAACAACUUUGAGACGAAAGAGGAGUGUGUGACUGUCUGUGAGGAGAGUCAAGCAGCCACCUGUGACAAGUUCAAGUGUCCCUGGCAGCUGUGGGACCAUUACUUGGCCAAGGAGUGUGUGCCACAAUACACUGAGGACGCCUGCUGCCCAACCUCCUUCCAGUGCCCAAGUGCCAGUGAGAGUGGGAAGGACCCCAGCAAGUGCCACUACCGGGGUGUGUCUUAUAGUGUAGGGGAUGCAGUGCCAGUGGAUGACCCCUGCUCUGCUUCCUGCACCUGUGCAUUGCCCCAUGACCCCAGCAGCCUACCUGAAGUGAAUUGUGCCAACGUGGAGUGCCCCGAGCUGUUCCGUCCACCUAGGCCAGGCUGCCGGCCGCUGUACAGGGCAGACACCUGCUGCGCCUACGACUAUGAGUGUGCUGACCCCGACUCCCCUGCCCCGGUGCCUCGUGCUGACGUCUGCCCCUGGCAGAAUAAGACUUAUGAGGUAGGCUCCAAGAUGUAUUUUGACAACUACCCAUGCCAGUCCUGCAUCUGUGGCCCAGGCUUCACUGGCCCCAAUGGUCCAGGGUGCUCCAGGAUUGACUGUGGACUAGAAUUCAGAUACACUCACGAGAUCAACAGAGGCUGCACACCCAUCUUCUUUGAGUCCCGCUGCUGCCCCAUUGGCUGGAUGUGCCCUGAUGACUCCAGAAUUGACUCAGAUCAGCAGCAGGAGCAGCAGCAGCAAGCAGGGUCCACUGAUGAGUCAGCCGUGUGCCAUCUGGGUGACACACGCCUGACUGUGGGACAAGUGCUGGGCCUGACAGACUGCAAGAUAGAGUGCCGCUGUGUGACGCCCCCUGAGCUUACCUGCGUCCAGUACAGAUCAUGUGAGGCCAAGCAGGAAAAUGCUGACCAGAGAGCAUGUCCUCCACUGGAGUGUGGUGCCGGAUGUCACCCUGUUGUGGGCACUCCUGGACAGUGCCCUACCUGCUCUUGUUCCUCUGAGAUCUUCUCCUGUCCUGCCCAGACCUGCCCAAGUAAAUGCAGACCUGAGCUGGACCUGGAGACAGGUUGCCCCUCCUGUAAGUGCCAGUGUCCUAAAGAGUUGGAGUGCCCCACAGAUUGCCCCUCCCACACAGUGCUGGAUGAAGCCACAGGGUGCCCUCGCUGUGAGUGCCAGCCUGGCUCACCUCAAGCCUGCCCUGUGCAGCCUGAUGGGAAGGUGCCAUGUCCUCAAGACUGCAGCGUCAUCAAGGCCGUGGAUGAGAAUGGGUGUGAGGUGUGCAAGUGUGACCCAAAUGAUCCUGAAAAUCCUUUUGUCUCUCUUCAUCCUCCCUGCCCUGGAGAAGGGGAAGCUCCCUGCCCUAUGGACUGUGGCAUCAUCAGGAGGAUGGAUGAGAAUGGAUGUGAGGUGUGUGAAUGUGACCCAGAUGACACUGGGCAUCCUUUCCACCCUCUCAUCCCUCCCACCUUCAAUGCCGAUGCCACUGGCUGCCGCACCAUGCCUGAUGGUCGGGCGCCCUGUCCCAUGGACUGUGCCAUCAUCAGGAGGACGGAUGAGAAUGGAUGUGAGGUGUGUGAAUGUGACCCAGAUGAUACUGGGCAUCCCUUCCACCCUCUCAUCCCUCCCACCUUCAAUGCUGAUGCCACUGGCUGCCGCACCAUGCCUGAUGGUCGGGCCCCCUGUCCCAUGGACUGUGCCAUCAUCAGGAGGACGGAUGAGAAUGGAUGUGAAGUGUGUGAGUGUGAUCCUAAUUACACUGGGAAUCCCUUUGGUCCUCCUCAAGCUGCUGCUCACCCUGCACAUCGUGUCCGUAGAUCUUGCCCAAGUGAGGCAGAGGCGCCCUGCCCCGCAGACUGUGCCAUCAUCAGGUACACAGACACAAACGGCUGUGGUGUGUGCAAGUGUGACCCAACUAAUCCAGGAAAUCCCUUCAAUCCUCUUCCCGUCUUCCCUCCCGUGAACAGAGGCUGCCCAUACCCUGAGGGCUCAGCUCCCUGCCCCAUGGACUGUGGCAUCAUGAGAGUCAAGGAUGAGAAUGGGUGUGAGGUUUGCAGGUGUGACCCAAAUAAUACUGGAAACCCCUUUGGUCCUCAUGUGCCUCCACCACGACCUUAUCGUUACUUUUGGUAGUAGCUUGGUGGACGUUGAUGAGGCACUGUAGUGAGGCAAAAUGAGCUGAGGGAGCUGCUGUAGGAUGUUCACAUGUCUUGCUCCAGUACAGGUUAGAUUAAGUGUCAGAUUUUGUAAUUUGUUUGUGAAAAAGAAAAUGUAUGAGGUAAUUGUGAUGUCCUGUCAUCUUGUAGCUAGGCAUGUCUUCAUAAACAAAGAGCUUAAGUGAUUUAUUUAUUUAUUUAUUUAUUAUUAUUUUUUUUUUUUUUUUUUUUUUAGAAAUAAUAGAGACCAGUCUUGUAUAUUUUCAUAAAAGGCAGAAGAGUAAAGUCAAAUAAUUGAGCAAACACUAAGCACACGAAAAAGCAAAUAUCCAGAAAUGGCAGAAAUAUGCUUUGACAGUUUGAUUCUGAGGGUGAGGACGUGAUACCAGUGUGUUCCAUGUGGAGGUGUGUGAACAGAACAUCCAACAUUUUGAGUUCCAUUCUGUGAUAGCUGGUCACAGAGAAAUGUGCUUAUAUAUCAAGAGGACAGGCACACAGAUUACGGAAAAUUUUCCUAAAGGCAAACGCGAGGUUGUUAGAUUGGUAGUUUUGUAUUUUGAUAAUGCACUUCAUUGAAAAAAUAAAAAGGAAAUGAAUUGAUAAA